AUGUUCCAUUCUGUUCUUCUUUUCAGCCUCCUUCUAGCCUCGGCAACCGCGUCGCCCACCCCUACGUAUGACCUCGCCCCUCGAGCCUGUGGCACUCUAGGCCCAUCCGUGAUCGAUGUGCUGAGAGUCUCAACUCCCGACAAUGCCUCUCCUGGCCAGCAAUUCACCGUCAGCCGCGCCGGUUACCCACCAUAUAACACACAAAUCUCUGCCCUGACCUUCAACUACAUCCCUGCCAGUGCUACAGGUUGCAUGCUGGAGAUCGACAUCCCGGCCCUCGCUCAAGCAAACCAAAUCGCCGAAGGAGCCACUCAGGUUGACAUCUGGACUACUGAUCCCUGGGACUAUUACUCGCUGCCUACGUACAACAAGCCUCCCAAAAAGAGGGAGAUGGUAGGCACGUACAUUUUCCCAACGCAACCGACGAGCGCGGAGACUAAGACUAUUAUUGCUUCGAAUACCUGCUCGGAUACCAUGAGCUUUCUGGUGGAACUGAGCGGAUGGCAGACUCAGAGUGGCAGUGUUUCCUUUUAUAACACUCUGGGUGGAAAGCAGGGGAUUGUGCCUAUUGGAUUCAGGAUGGUCUUUAAUUGUUGA